AUUAAUUAAAUAGUAAAAGUAAACACAUUACAAAAUACAAAGUUAUACUGGCAUUUGUUUGUCUUCGUACUUGUGUGUUGACAAAAUUAAAUUAACAAAUUAUUAAACAAUUCUAAAUUCUGUUAAUCUAAUUUAUUAGCAAUGAAGGCUGUUUUGAUUUUUGAUACUGUGAACGAUUUACUUUUUUCAAAAUGGGAUGACGAUUUUUUACUCCGAAUGAAAUCUUUUAAUGGUCAUGAAAAAGAUGUAAACAUCACAGAUAGUCAUCAUGUAUCGCAAUUGCUGUCUCCAAUUAUUACAUCGCAACGUGUAAUGGCAGCACAAUUCAGUAACACAUAUACAUCUAUGCAGUGUAAGGAUAAUACUACAAUUGUGUUUGAUGAGUGGCUAGACCAUGUGUUCAUGAUCAUCAGUGAAGACGAAGUUGACGAUUCACACCAAGAACUACUCGAUUGUAAAACUCUUGUGCAGCAUAUCUGCGGACAGAAUAUAAACCUCUUACACUCAUCUAUAUACCAGGAUUGGUUAUCAGUGCUUCUAGAAAGUCGUGGGAAAGGCGACUCGGUUCCAGGUGCAAGUGGGGUGAUUGGUGAAAGUGGAGCAACAGGAGCAGCUCUCAAUGCUUUGAAAUCGAUUUCAAAAGAUAUAAAAUGUUCUCCGAAUCAACACUACCACCUCAUGUUGUUUGUGGGCGACAAGAUGUUAGCACUGUACUCAAGCCGUGGUUGUGAAGAUCUAAUGCCACCAGAUGUGAUACUCCUGAGUAUCCAGUGCAUAGCAGCUCAGGAAUACUGGCAGGAAUUACGGGAAAACAAUGAUAGUAAUAAUUGUGAAAAUGCUCGUAUACCUUGGCUAUCUGAGGAGAACAGUGCUAUAGUGAAUCUCUGCGCGGGUUCGACUGGAUCUCCUUGCGCUCCGCAUUCUCUACAUCUAGCAGAAAUUGCACCGAGGAUUAUAUUUGCUGUUCUUAUUGAUAUGGAGUUAAGAGACAUUGGUAUUGCAGUGCACAUGUCUAGUCAAAUUUUAUCGAAUUUGCGAAGACUCUUGUUGCAGAGAAACCUAGAAGUUUUACCCAGUACACUUGAUUCAUUGGAAGUUGCAUUAAAAAAGACAACAGAAGCUCUGCGUAAAAAUAAAGCCAAUGCGACACUGUGCGCUCGAGUUACGAGCCGUAUGUUGGAACUGCGCAAGUCUUGCACCACCACCACUCCUCUGACGCCGGAGACGACAGCGACUGCCAUGCACACAGCCCUCGAGGCGGUCGUCGAACAACUCAAGCCGGACAUACCGAGCUUGAAACUGGAACCGCCGUUGAAGGAACUGAAGCACCUCCUUUCCCCCUACGUCGAGUUUCUUCGCGCCAAGGCGAUGCGUUACUUCAGCUUGGUAUCUGGGGAGACGGUGCCGGGCGGUUCGCUCACGCACAAGUACGUGGAGGAGUUCCCGGGUCUCGUGCACUUCGUGUACGUGGACCGCCUCGCCGGGCGCUGCCUGGCGCCGGACAUGGCGGACUGCGUCGACAUGCUCACACCGGAUACGGUGCGGCGCACGGUGCGCGGCGCGGCGCGCGCGCUGCGCGAGGGCUACGGCGCGGCGGCGUGGCGCGCGGGCGCGCUGCACGUGUGCGCGGCGCGCUGGUUCGAGCGGCGCGGCGCCGCGCUGCGCCCCGCCGCCGCGCCGCACCCCGCCGCCGUGCGCGCGCUGCCGCCGCCCGGCGACCUGCGCGCGCUCUUCUACAGACAACUAGUAGAGUUGGCGUUUCCUAACGACAGCCAGGGGGUGAGCGUUAAGGAGCUGAUCUGCAUCCACCUGGGCCUGCUGCCGGCCUCCACGGCCGUGCAGCAAGCGCGCCGCCUGGCGCAUUCCGUGUACGAGCUGACCGGCGAAAACAUGACAUUUGCUACCGAUUUACUUUAAAUUUUAUUUUCUUCCUACUAACACUGAAAAAAAAACGGUUUGAAGACGAACCACGAUUUAUAUAAUGCGAAAUUAUUCAUUAAUAGACAAGUAGGUAUAAAACGGAAGACAAUACAGCCGUUUUUCUCUUAGCUUCAUUGAUCAACUUCUAAAUUUAAAUUAGUGUUUCUAUAAUAACAUUAAAAAAUACCGUAUUUAUUAUAUUUUCAUCGCUAAACUUUUAUCUAGAUCUUGUUACUGGAAUUUUUUUUCAGCAAUGUAACAAAUGUUGGUUUGAUUGAUACGAUUAUCACACGGCUUACUAGAAUCGCCAGAAAUUCAUAUUUUUAUAUAAACAACGUGAAAAUUUCUUUAUUUAUCGGUAAAGUAUUUAUGUAAAUUUCACUCUAACCGCUUUCGAAUGGGAGGCCUCAAAUGUGCUCAGGGGCCUCGGAUCUCCAAGUCCGGGCCUAAACAUCUGUACCAACCAAUCCCCCUUUGGAGCAGCGUGGUAACAUUCCACCUCAAAAGCUUAUUCUUCAAAGGACAGGUAGCCUUUGCCCGGCUGUGGGAAGAUGUGUACUACGAUUUUUUAAGUUUUAAGAAAUAUGUCAUAAAAAUGUGAAUUUUGCAGUACCUAAUGUUUAUUCUAGUCAAUAAAUGUAGUGUAGAACAAUGGACUUCCAUCACAAAAUGUUUGUAUAAUAUAUAAGUAAUAUUUUUAAAUAUGAACCAUUCCAUUAUUUAACG